GUUUCUCCCUGGGAAUAAAAAAAAAAACUGCUCGAAAAUGAUCCUUAAAUCUCGAUGAUUUGGACGUUAUUAAAAGUCAUGAAAAUCUGGAAUAAAGCGGAUAAAUCUGCUGCUUUGUUACAGAGGAGUGUGUUUAUUUCUGUGCGCUGGAGUUUCGGGUCUAUUCGAGUCUUUACGGUAACAGUCUCAGGGUCAGGGACUUCAGUCUGCGCGUGUUGACGGUCUGACAGUUAGAUCAGAUCAUCCUAAAGUCUUUUAUAUGUUUGUGUUUAUCUUAUGGAUUUUGUGAAAUGGCGAAUAAGAAGAUUGUGCAGUUUAAUCUGACUUUAUGGAGAAUUUGUAACUUUAUAAUGUCGGGGUUUUUCUCUUUAGCAGCUUAUGUACAGAUAAACGACCCGGAUGCUGGCCUGUGGAUGGUGGGCUACUCGAUUCCUGCAGGCCUGUGCUUUUUAAUUAGCUAUCAGCCACAAAUAACAGAAACCCUGGCAUGGAGGAGAGUCGCUGAUCUACACGUGAUGAUGGCGACAACGUUUGGCGCUUUGCUGGGCUGGAGUCUGUAUAAACACGGGGUCACACACAUCUUCCACCAGGAGGAGGGCAGGGAGUUUAGUGGCCUGAUGCUGAUGGUGAUGUGGCUGCUCAUGUGUCGGCACUCAGGACGCGGUGGUGUUGGAGCUCUAAGGCUGUGCACCGCCGUGGCCAUUACUGCAUUCCCCAUCAUCGCAUGGCUUUAUUACUACAUCCAUAAGGAGCUGAGAGCCGACUGGCCGUCACACUGCACCACCGCGCUGUAACACGUCUGCACUGAUUCACACACACUGUGUCACUGAGUCAAGCGUGUUUCAGUCCAUAAUCAACUGUAUGAGUGAAGCUGUGAAGGAAAUAAAUGGCCAAAACACAGUACUGCUGCUGAUUAUACAGUAUAUUUACUUUUUUUAUGGUAUACAUAUAAUAUAAAAAAGUAUGUGCCAAAGAAGUUACUUCUGAAGUUUAUGCAACAUGGAAGUGAUUAAUCUUGCUUCCCUAAAAAUCUUUUUAAAAAUUGCUAACUCUAACCGUUUUGGAGAGAUGAAUUUAUAUGUGCCUCAAAAACGG